CCGCAAGGCCUCAGCAUCCAGAGCAGCUCUUGGCGUGCUCCUUGCAGGAGGAUCACCUCGUCUGAGCUGUUCUCAGAUUACAGACAGUGUUGUUUUGUCUCUGUAUUUUCUUGCACAGUCUCAGGACUUGUGCAAGUGUCCUGUUUUUCCCUUUUUUACUUGCACUGUCUCAGGACUUGUGCAAGUGUCCUGUUUUUCCCCUUUUUACUUGCACUGUCUCAGGACUUGUGCAAGUGUCCUGUUUUUCCCCUUUUUACUUGCACAGUCUCAGGACUUGUGCAAGUGUCCUGUUUUUCCCCUUUUUACUUGCACAGUCUCAGAACUCGUGCAAGUGCCCUGUUUUACCCCUUUUUUACUUGCACAGUCCGUGGAUUGGUGCAAGUGUCUCAUUUUUCCCCUUUUUACUUGCACAGUCUCAGGACUUGUGCAAGUGUCCUGUUUUUCCCCUUUUUACUUGCACAGUCUCAGGACUUGUGCAAGUGUCCUGUUUUUCUCCUUUUUACUUGCACAGUCUCAGGACUUGUGCAAGUGUCCUGUUUUACCCCUUUUUACUUGCACAGUCCCAGGACUUGUGCAAGUAGGUUUUUUUUCCAUUGUUGUUUCCUGGCCUACGGACUCAAGCAGCCCUGCUCAAAGGAUGGAGCGAGUCCGUAGAGCAGUCAGCAGCACCUUUUCAUUGGUGGCUUCUCGGAAAGCUUUUCUUCGUUUGGCUGCUCGCCUCAGAGGUGGAAGGAGUCAAGCGCGCGCUUCGGUCCCGCUAGGAGAGGAUCUUGCCAGUCAGGACUCCCGGGCCCAGGCAGGAAAGGCGGAGCGGCAGGAGAGCACGGACAGAGUGCAUGGCGCCCAGGAGUUCAGGUGGAAGGAGUUGGCUGCAUGUGAGAGAAAGCACCACUCCUCACUAGAGAGGGCGUCUGAAGUGGCGGCAGCGACAGCGGAGGAAUGGCAGCCUCAGAGGGAUCUGCUGAAGGAAGCGGUUCCUCUGGCCGUGCCAAAGACCUCCUUGCUGUAUUCCACGGGCGGGGAAAUGAAGAAGAGAUCAUUGGGAAAAUCUUUGAUUCCCCGUCUGCGCAAGGCAGGAAUUCCCCCUGUGGGCAGUGCUGCUGGGUCUGUGCACAGCUCUCCCCAGAUGGAAUUGCAGGAGUCCCAGGAGAUGAGGCCAAGACCCAGCAGCAGAAGCCAGGAGAAGACCCCGGAGCAUGCAGAUCUGACUGGCUACCCUCUUGCCAAGAGGUUUUCCCUGGCAAGUCUCUCGAUGCUCCUUCCCUCCAAGCCAUUGCCCCCCAUCCAGAGGAGCUCUCCUUCUGCCACGCCAAGCAAGAUGUGCAGCGGAGAGCAGGAGACUGGGAAUGCUGGCAAUGGCUGGGAUGAGGAGAGUAGAAAAAACCAGGAGCUCACAGCAGAGGGAAAAGGAAAAGAGACAUCCUUGCCUUCUCCUGUUGGUAAAGAAAUGAAGAAGAGAUCAUUGGGUAAAUCUUUGAUCCCCCGUCUGCGCAAGGCAGGAAUUCCCCCUGUGGGCAGUGCUGCUGGGUCUGUGCACAGCUCUCCCCAGAUGGAAUUGCAGGAGUCCCAGGAGAUGAGUCCAAGACCCAGCAACAGAAGCCAAGAGAAGACCCUGGAGUAUGCAGGCCUCCCACUGAGUCAGGCCAAGGAGACAGAUCAUCCCAGCAGUCCUGGUCUUAGGAGUGACAAAGAGCGGAGGGACAGCUUUGGAAAGACCCACGCUGAAUUGUGCAGGUUGGCUAAAGAGAACUUAGAGCAGAAGAAAAUGGAGAUUUUGUUGGAAGAGAUGAAGAGGAGACAAAAUGAAAAGUCCUUGCAGCUUCCUCCAGAGACAUUUGAGCUUGGGGAUGCAGCUGAAGCAAGCUUCAGCCUACUACCUAUCAAUGGCACAGCUCCCAGUGUACAGAGAAAAGACCCUGGUAGUGCCAUGAAGAAAAUGGUUGUGAGAAAGCAGGACAAGGUGCCCUUACAGCCCAGUACGCCCACCCUCCAUGGAGAUGGCAGCUUCCCAUGCAGCUCCUCAGAGACCUCGCAGACAGCCACUGGUGCCCUGCGCCGAGAGGAGCCGCUCCGUGGGCACAGGCAGAAGGACAGAGCCUUUUCAGACCCACAGCAGGCCUUGCAGGAGGCACUGUCCUUGCUGGGCAGCGACGACUGGGAACGGAAGAAGAAAGGACUCUUGAACAUCACACUGCUGGCUGAGUCCCAUUCACAAGUCCUGCUCUGUCGACUUCGUGAGAUUUGCUUGGCAGUUACCAGAGAGGUGACCAACCUCCGGUCCAACGUGUCCUGCUCUGCAAUUGUCACUCUGGGAGAGCUCUUUGCAAUCAUGGGGAAGGACAUGGACUCCGAGGUGGAUCAGAUUGCUGCAGUCCUUCUCCACAUGUUGCGGAACUCCCCAGAGUUUAUUCAGAAGGCAGCCUGUCAGAGCCUGGGCAUGAUGGUAGAGAACGUGACUCCUACACGAGCAAUGACUGCUCUCAUGGACAAUGGAGUCAAGAGCCGCUACGUCCCGGCGCGGAAGUGUACGGCCGAACUCCUCCUGUCCUUGAUGGAGAAAAUGGGAGUCACGAAGCUUGCAGGCACACCCAUGGCUGAGAGGCUGGCACAGGUGGCAGGGACACUCGCUCAGGACAGUCACAAGGACACGAGGCAUUAUGGACAGGAGAUGGUGAAGAUGUUGCUUAGUAAUCAAAAAUUUAAAAAGCUUUUGGAACAAUCUCUUUCCACGCAUGACCUGGAAGAUAUCCUGAAGAGAAUUAAGAAGAAAGAAUACUGCCCUGCUGUCAAGCCCUGUGGAGCUGGAAGAAACUUGGGGAUGGAAAACAACAAGGCUGAACUCCCACCUGUGCAGGAGCCGGUGAAGAAGAGGAAUGAAGGCUCCCAGAAGCCCCAGGCCACAUCACCUCCUAGCAAACGGGCAAAGUCUGCCACUGGUGGACGCCGCCUACACCGUGCAAGAGCCCAGGUCACAUUACCUGCAUCUGUGGAAGAAAGGGAGCUGCUCCAGAAGCUUUACCAUCUCCUGGAAGCCAAGGCGUUCCAGACACGGAUGGAAGGAGUGGCACUCCUCCUAGACCUGUCCAAAACCAGACCCCAGCUGAUCUCCACUAACAUUGUCCAAAUUUUUGAUUAUUUUGGCCUGAGAAUCUGUGACACACAUAAGAAAGUGAAACAGAAGGCGCUGGAGGCGCUGGCAGAAAUCAUAGGACUGCUGCAGGAUGCCAUGAACCCAUUGAUGAUCCGUUUGGUUGAAGGCAUAACAAAGAACCUAAACUCAAAGGAUCCCGGGGUUCAUGCUGCAGCUAUGACGGCACUGGACCAAUCUGUUGUGCAUUUAGAUGAAGUAUCACUGAUGAAAGAGCUCUGCUACCAAUGGAGACAACUGAGUGGCCAAGCUCUGCUGGAUGUCACGGAGCGUAUCACAGUGCUUGUGGAAUGGGCUCAUGCCAGGAGCCCUGAAGCGGUCGAGCGCUACGCCCUGCCCGUGCUCUGGUCCUGCCUGGAGAACAAGGCGCUGCCUGUGCGAAGCGCCAACGUCUGCGCUGUGGUCACCAAGCUGGCCUGUGCCCUCUGCGAGGCACUGGGCAGCCAGAUCAUUAAGUUUGCUGACAGCACACCUCCACACGUGCAGGAAAACCUCAACAGCCUUCUGGGCUGGUGAAGGUUUGAUGUUCUCCAGAAAGCGGACAAAUUUCUGAGCUGGACACCACCAGACGUGACUUUUCAGCUGUGCCAGAAAUGACAAAAUACUAAGGAAGGGUGUGCAUCUGCCCCCACUCUGUUGUGCAUCUGCCCCCACUCUGUUAUCAGCAUUGCCCUUCCUAGUCAUGACAUGGGGGGCCUGAAGCAACUGCAGACUGAUGACAAGGUGAAGAUGAAGUAUGGAUCAGCCUCAAGUGAACCCAGACUGAGGAAAAGGUGAAGACUAAGCAUGAAUCAGCCUGAAGCAACUGCAGACUGAGGACAAGGUGAAGACCAAGCAUGGAUCUGCCUCACACAGAGAUACGACCGGCUACAGUCUUUCCAAGAAGUUUUCUCUGGACAUUUCCACUAUUCCCUUACCAGGAAAGUCCUUGCCUGCAGUCCAGAAGCGCCCUUUCUCCAAGAUCAGGAAGAAGCUGCCGACUGUCCAAAGAAUAUUUCAAGUUAGGAUUUAGGCUUUAGGAUUAUCAAGAAGAGGAUUCACCAAGAAGAGCAUUCAUCAAGAAUAGGAUUCAUCAACUAUAGGAUUCAUCCAGAUUAGGAUUCAUCAAGAAUAGGAUUCACCCAGGUUAGAAUUCAUCAAGAAUAGGAUUAUCCGCAAUAGAAGUUAGGAUUUUGGAAUAGGUUUAGGCUUCAUAGUUACGGAUGUAUCUGUGUUCUGAUAGUUUUGAAUAAAUGUGUUUGAUUGUAUAUUUAAA